AUGAUCAUAACUGGUUUCUAUCAAAAUCUCACCUUCGUCUUCAUCAAAGACCACCGCCUGUUGUUCGUGUAAAAGAAGGCGAUAGUGAGUUUUUGGAAUGUCAAGCUGGUGGAAAUCCUCCACCCCGGAUAUACUGGCUGAAGGGUGGAGAAAUGAUGUCAAAGAUUAAUUUGCAAGACGAACUCGACAUAAAAGCUUUCGAAGACAGCGAAGUCAGUGGCAAUAAACUUCAAAUUUCUUCCACAACUUCAAGGCUUUACUUGGACUGUCUGUCCAUGGAUGAUGAGGGAGAUUACACUUGCGUUGCUGAAACUGCAAAACUCAGAGAGAGUACUUCCACGAGGAUAUCUGUAUCAUCAUCGGAUGAGAGAAAAUGUCAUGACAAGUCCGUCUUUG